AUUCCCGCGUGUGUGGUGCAUUUUGUUUUUUUUUUAAUAAUUAAUUUUUAAUAGGUUAUUUAUAGUGUCGUGUAAUGUUGCGUCAGUGUAUUACGUUAGCGGUGUUGGGGUGUGCUUUCGCGAGUCCCGUAGCUCAAUACCCAAUUCAGCAGCAGCAGGAUGAAGGAAUUCCCCCACAUCUGCUGAGACAGUACAUUGGCGGUGGUCAAGCUCAAGCACAGCACAUCCCCCACCCUGCCGCUCAGCCCGCUCCGGCGCCUGCACGACUUCCCUACAAUGUGCAAGAAGAGCAGUACCAACCCAGAGCGCAGUACCAGCCGCAGCCACAGCCUCAACCGCAGCAGCAGUACAGGCCACAGCAACAGCGGGAGCCCGAGGACUAUGAUCCUCAUCCUUCCUACCAGUUCGGUUUCGACGUGAGCGAUGACAAGUUCACCAACUACCAAAACCGCCAGGAGCAGAGAGACGGUGACCAAAUCAAGGGGUCCUACUCAGUCGUAGACAGUGAUGGCUUUAUCAGGACUGUGACCUACACCGCUGACCCUAAAGAAGGUUUCAGGGCUGAGGUUUCCCGUAAACCCACGGACAUCGUGGUCAAGUACCCGACUCCCAAACCUCCAGUUGUCCAGCCUCAAGGUCCUCCGCAACAACAAGCCGCCUAUCAGCCUCAAAUUCAGCAACAACAACAUCAACCACAACAACAACAGCAGAGACCACAGCAAGCGAAUCCACAAUACUACCGAUACGAAUAAAUAAAUUAUUGAUAUAGUACUUACAGAAGAUAACUGAUUAUUCAGAGAAUAAUUUUUCACUAUGGGCUAUAUUAAUUUGCUGAAUUUGCAUAGAGUUAUCAAAAAUACACUGUGACCUUGGACUAAGUACCACAUCCGUGGACUUCAUCCGUGUUCACAAAUGUUACUAUGAGGUCUCAUAGUGCACUCGAACGCACAGUGUAGGUUCCACCAAUCAGAUUACUGUAUCGCGUCAAUUUACAAUGAUCUGAUUGGUGGAACCUACUCUAUGCGUUCAAGCGCACUGUGCCUCAUACUGUGUGAGAUUGUGAAUACGGGCGUAAGGCUCAACCUUCCUCAUUGACAUUCUUCUUCUUCUUAUUUUCUUUCUUACUCUUCUUAUUUUAAAAAUACUCAAACUCUUCCGUUAAAUUAAGUCCAGAUAUUAAAAAUUCCGGAUAGUCAGGGUUCUUCUGUACCUACUUGUUAUGUCUAGUACCACACAGGGUACAGUUUUAGGACCAUAAGUGUUCCUGCUUUAUAUCAUUAACUUAAUGGUUAAUAACGAUGUUAAAAGUUGAAACCGAUGUUUUCAUUUGUUAUUAAUAUCUACGAUCUUAAAUUAUGAAUGUUGAACUUGACAAAUAUCGAAUGAUUGUUUUGAAUAUUACAAUUAUUAUUUUUAUUGUAACAUUGUAGAUAUUUGUAAUGCGUGAACAUGUAUUAUUAAAUUUAGCGUAGCUGCUUAGGGUAGAAAUUUAAUUGCGAACUAUUAGGAUAGGAUUUUGAAAUCUAAG